UACUGGUUUGUCUUUUUGGGAAAUGAUAGGGGUAGGUCUUGGAUAUGCGUUGCGUAUUUAAUCAACCCCCAUCGGUGCUCUCCAUCGUCGUAAGUCUUUUCUUUCUCUCUCCCUCUCACUCUCACAAACAUACACAGCUAGAGCAGGGUUUCAGGAGGUUAUCGAUUGAUAUAGGCAAACAUGGUGAAGAUCUGUUGCAUUGGAGCUGGAUAUGUUGGGGGCCCAACAAUGGCAGUCAUUGCACUUAAGUGCCCGUCUGUUGAAGUGGCUGUUGUUGAUAUCUCUGUACCUAGGAUCGCGGCUUGGAACAGUGACCAGCUUCCCAUCUAUGAGCCUGGCCUCGAUGGAGUGGUGAAGCAGUGCCGUGGCAAGAACCUCUUCUUCAGCACUGAUGUGGAGAAACAUGUCUCGGAGGCUGAUAUCGUCUUUGUCUCUGUCAACACCCCAACCAAAACUAGGGGCCUUGGAGCAGGCAAAGCUGCAGAUCUGACAUAUUGGGAGAGUGCCGCCCGCAUGAUUGCUGAUGUCUCAAAGUCCGACAAGAUUGUGGUUGAGAAAUCCACCGUCCCAGUCAAAACCGCUGAGGCCAUUGAAAAAAUUCUGACCCAUAACAGUAAGGGAAUCAAAUUCCAGAUUCUCUCGAAUCCAGAAUUCCUUGCUGAGGGAACUGCAAUAUCAGAUCUGUUUAACCCAGACAGAGUCCUUAUUGGAGGCAGGGAGACCCCUGAAGGCCAGAAGGCCAUUCAAGCAUUGAAGGAUGUUUAUGCUCAGUGGGUCCCUGAAGAUAGAAUCCUGACCACCAAUCUCUGGUCAGCUGAGCUCUCGAAGCUUGCUGCCAAUGCCUUCCUGGCCCAGAGGAUAUCCUCUGUCAAUGCCAUGUCAGCUCUUUGUGAGGCUACUGGGGCCAAUGUCAAGCAGGUGUCAUUUGCUGUUGGCACAGACACAAGGAUUGGGCCUAAGUUCCUCAAUGCAAGUGUUGGUUUUGGCGGGUCCUGCUUCCAAAAGGACAUAUUGAAUCUGGUUUACAUCUGCGAAUGCAAUGGCCUUCCUGAGGUAGCAGAAUACUGGAAACAGGUCAUCAAGAUCAAUGAUUACCAGAAGAACCGCUUUGUGAACCGUGUUGUUGCUUCCAUGUUCAACACGGUUUCAAACAAGAAGAUUGCUAUUCUGGGAUUUGCCUUCAAGAAAGAUACUGGUGACACAAGGGAGACCCCAGCCAUUGAUGUGUGCAAGGGGCUAUUGGGCGAUAAGGCUCGGCUGAGCAUAUAUGACCCACAGGUAACUGAGGAUCAGAUCCAGAGGGACCUUACGAUGAACAAAUUCGACUGGGAUCAUCCCCUUCACCUACAGCCAAUGAGUCCCACCACCGUGAAGCAAGUUAGUGUGGUUUGGGAUGCCUAUGAAGCAACAAAGGAUGCCCAUGGUGUUUGCAUCCUGACUGAGUGGGACGAGUUCAAGGAUCUUGAUUUCCAAAGGAUAUAUGACAACAUGCAGAAACCAGCAUUUGUGUUUGAUGGCAGGAACAUUAUUGAUGUGGACAAGCUGCGUGAGAUUGGCUUCAUUGUGUACUCGAUUGGUAAGCCUCUGGACCCAUGGCUCAAGGACAUGCCGGCCGUGGCAUAGAACAGAUGUGCAGUUGGAGCUGCAUGUUUUGGAGUUGAAAGAAUUAUAGCUUGAGACAGUCAGUUCAAUUCUUUACGGAUUUUUUAUAUGGGUUUUUUGUUCAUCUUACUUUCCCAUAUUGGUAAGGAUAAAUUUCAAGUUUUGGUGAAAGUAAGAAGCUCUAUGUUUUGCCUUGCAUUGAAUUCGAUGUUCCUAAAUGUCUUUUUCUUCUCUGUCAGAAGACGUGAUAUGAUAUUUGUUUGUUCCAAUCUAUUAUUAUAAUUAGAAUGAUGAAAUUCUUAAA